ACGCGAAAAGCGAGCAGCAGAAACAAGUAAAUGGCGCCUUCCUACAGGCUGUCCGCAGUUCGUCUGCAUCUUCAUGGUCUGCAUUUAUUUCUGAAACUAUAAUUUUUCCUCGUGAUAAAACAAUGGAUGCCUUCAAAAAAGAGUUCAAGUACUACAAAAGUCGCCGAAAUGUUCCGGAUCUCUCACACGUGAUUGAUUUUAGUCGCCCAAACGAAUUUCCACAGCUCGUGCACCGCUCGACACUCGCUACGUCUGCUACAUCGGAGCAGUUCGGCAUUACACCGCACGUCGAGAUACCGUGCUACGAAGUAUCAAGUAACCCGGGACUUACCGUUAUACCGAAUCCCUUUACUGUACGGGGGCAACAGAUGUGGAUUCAAAAAUGCCUUCAGCUAUAUCCAACAAUAGAGAGCGCGACUAAUGUCCACGAUGAUGUUCCAAGACCUGGGCCACAUGGCAAGGAUUUCUCAAUGGAUUUCUACCAGAAGCUCCGUUGGGUCACGCUAGGUUACCACCAUAACUGGGACACAAAAGUGUAUGACACAAAAAAUGCAUCUCCUUUUCCACAAUGUCUUCGAGCUUUGAUCAGUCACCUAGCAGAACUCGUUGGAUAUAGGAAUUACCUUCCACAGGCAGCCAUUGUAAAUUACUACCACAUGGACUCAACAUUGAGUGGACACGUCGACUCUUCAGAGUUUGCUCAAACGUUGCCCCUGUUUUCGAUUAGCUUUGGACAGAAUGCAGUGUUUUUAAUCGGUGCCUCUACCAAAGAGGUAAAACCCACGGCCAUAUAUCUGCGUAGCGGAGAUGUAGUGGUUAUGGCUGGUGAAUCGCGGUUGGCAUACCACGGUGUUCCACUUGUACUUCCUGCAGACGGUGAAGGGAUUUGGAGGUACAGUACAGAAGAAGAAUCGUGGAAGCCGUUUGAAGAUUAUGUUAGCAAGAACCGUAUAAAUAUAAAUGUACGGCAGGUGUUCGACAUCAGGUAGCACAUGAUGUCAUAGUCUCUGCCAAAUGAAGUCACUGCUAUGUCUUGCACUUCCUCAACCCCCUCAGAAAAAACAUGGUAACAGGGAAGCAAAAGCAAUUAUACUUAUUUAUUUCUGUACGUAAAUGUUGAACAAGAAUUUGCUAGCCGUCUUCACAGUGUCGGCGUUCCCAGAGUAGCAGCAACAGCUAUGUCUUCGUUGCUAGUUAAGGAUAUUACCUUGUUAUUUUUCGGCACUUCAAAAGAGGGAAAUAAUUCUACGAAUGACGCAGGAGAGCUUGGCUUCCCCCAUUUCAUAAGAUGUCCGUCUGAAAUGAUUGUAAAAUUAUAAUCUUUAGACUUGAGAUAUUUUGUUAAUAAAUUUCUCUUAAAGCUUUUAAUGGCCCAACCAGCUUCACUAUAAAGAAGCUCCACUGUAAAAUAUUCCACACAGUAUAGUAUGCCUAGCAUUGGUACCCAAUACAAGGUAAUAUUCUAUAAUUGUUGCAUAACACUAGAAUAAUUUAUCAUCAGCUACAUUCAACAAUGUUCAGAACAGUUGAGUCCAUAGCAUUCAGCAAGUGUGUUCCUACAACAGUGAUAUCACUGCUCAUAUUUUCGUUCACACAUUUCCUAUAGGGCUGUGUGAAUACUCGGACUUUUCAUAUACAGAAGCGAAUGACUGUGUAUUCGAUUUGAAUUCUGAAUUCAAUAGGGAAUUGUACGUCUGAAUUUUAAAUCAAAGGAAUGCCUUCCAAACCGAAUAGAUUCAAAUAGUUCAGAAGCUGCACAGCUAAGCCUGAAACGCAGAAAGAAGAAAAGAAAAAAUGCAUUCUACAAAUAAUUGAUUGAUUGGUAAAAGAAAAAAAAUGGAGAUGUUAGUCCCCAACUAUUCGGGACUGGCUACUCCAGGAUGCGUUAUUUAGGGCGUUAUAAGGGAAAGGAAGGUGGGGGAAAAAAGAAGAAAGAGAAACUAUACAAGUCUAUACGCUUUGUGAGGCACACAAAUAAAAAUAAGAAUGUGCAUUUCUUGUUGCAAGUUUGGAAACCACAUUCACCCAUGCGCACUCAGCCAUUCCUCAUUGGUCAUUGCAGUAUGCCGUCAUAGCCAUACUCUGCUUUUCAAAAGUGAAAACACACUGAAGGGCGAAAACGCACAUGUACAUAUACACAGUAUUUCAUCUAAUGUGAUAAAUUGUAUAAAAAAUUACUUGUCUGAACAUUAUGGAAUCAACAUUAUUUACCUCAGGGGAUAUUUUGUCAUUACUUCUCAGGUUCUGAUCACUUCUAUCAAAUUUAAUUUGCGAGAAAUUGAAUUUUCCCAAUUAUCUCCAAAAUUUGCCAAGUCAACCUCACGUCUUUUUUUUUUACAGUAACAGCAGAACCUUGGAAAAGGAAAAGUGAAAGGGCAGGUACAUGGCCUCCUCACAUCGCUUCUUUCAGAGAUCUGAGCGUCGUUGCUCAAUUUGCGCGCCUCGAAACAAUGGUUUUCACUUUUUCCCCUAGCUAUUACCAUUGUAGUAGUGAAUGUAUUUUGCAGUAGGAUGGGGUAAAUUUGCCAUGUCCUCUCUGUUUCUGUAAAUAAAAAGAAACGUGAUUGCAA